ACACGGGCGCGCUCAGUUUGUCUCUCAGUUCGUUCCGUACAUCGUAUCCAAACAAGCAUGGCGGCAUGAGACUCCUGUCAUCUCUGUUUUGAUUGUUAAAAUACAUAUUAAUUAGUAUUUCUGAAGAAAAUAGCAUCGAAAGUUUUCCUCGACGUAAUUAACAUCAACAUUACGAAACAGACCACAAUGCCGUCCGCCUGUGAUUCAAUGAUUGACGACAUUGAGGACAUGGUGUCUGCGGACGACCCCACGCCUCAGGAUAGACAGAACGCUCGGAAGAGUAUAAUCCCAAGAGCCAGGAAAAGGAAAGACCAGCUCGUCCCCGAGGAACUCCAAGCAGACAGCCUCAUCCCCGGGACCCAGAAGAUCUGGAUGCGGACAUGGGGCUGCAGCCACAACAACUCAGACGGGGAGUACAUGGCGGGGCAGUUGGCUGCCAGCGGCUACAAGAUGACCGACGACCCUUCAGAAGCUGACCUGUGGCUCCUGAACAGCUGCACUGUAAAGAACCCUGCGGAGGACCACUUCAGGAAUUCUAUCAAGAAAGCCCAGGAUCAGCAGAAGAAGGUGGUGCUGGCAGGCUGCGUUCCUCAGGCCCAGCCUCGCAUGGACUACCUCAAAGGACUCAGCAUCAUCGGGGUUCAACAAAUUGAUCGCGUGGUGGAAGUGGUAGACGAGGCCGUUAAAGGUCACUCAGUGCGUCUGUUAGGCCAGAAGAAGGAUGGGGGGAAGAGGCUGGGGGGAGCCAGACUGGACCUGCCCAAGAUCCGAAAGAACCCGCUCAUAGAAAUCAUCUCCAUCAACACAGGGUGUCUGAACGCGUGCACCUACUGCAAGACCAAGCACGCCCGAGGGGAUCUGGCCAGCUACCCCGUGGAGGAGCUGGUGGAGAGGGCCCGGCAGUCCUUCCAGGAGGGGGUGUGUGAGAUCUGGCUGACCAGCGAGGACACCGGGGCGUACGGGCGGGACAUCGGCACCGACCUGCCCUCCCUGCUCUGGAGGCUGGUGGAGGAGAUCCCUGAAGGAGCCAUGCUGAGGCUGGGCAUGACCAACCCCCCCUACAUCCUGGAGCACCUGGAGGAGAUGGCGAAGGUGCUGAACCACCCACGGGUCUACGCCUUCCUGCACGUGCCCGUCCAGUCGGCGUCAGACAGCGUGCUGAUGGACAUGAAGCGGGAGUACUGUGCCGCCGACUUCAGGACCGUGGUGGACUUCCUGAAGGAAAGGGUUCCCGGGAUAACCAUCGCCACGGACAUCAUCUGCGGCUUCCCGGGCGAGACGGAGGCGGACUUCCAGGAGACGGUGGAGCUGGUCCGGCAGUACCGCUUCCCCAGCCUCUUCAUCAACCAGUUCUACCCCCGGCCCGGCACCCCCGCCGCCAAGAUGGAGCAGGUCCCCGCCCACGUGAAAAAGCAAAGGACUAAGGAGCUGUCUCAACUCUUCCACUCCUACAACCCGUACGACCAUAAGAUUGGGGAGAGGAGGGAGGGACAUUACUGGUAA